CACGUGUGAGCGCAGUGAGGUGGAGAGAUGGCUGCUGAACGGCUACAGUUUCAUGAAAUGGGCUUAGACGACCGUCUUUUAAAGGCGGUUGCAGAUCUGGGUUGGUCCCAGCCCACUCUGAUCCAGGAGAAGGCCAUCCCUCUGGCUCUGGAGGGGAAAGACCUUCUGGCUCGAGCUCGGACUGGAUCUGGAAAGACCGCUGCUUAUGCAAUACCUGUCAUACAGCGCAUCCUGGCCUCCAAACAGAGUGUUCGUGAACAGGACGUGAGAGCUCUGAUCCUGGUCCCGACCAAAGAGCUGGGUCAGCAGGUCCAGACCAUGAUCAGACAGUUGACAGCGUACUGCUCGAGGGACGUCCGGGUGGCCGACAUCUCCAGAAAAGCCGACCUGUCAGCGCAGAGGCCGAUCUUAAUGGAGAAGCCUGACGUGGUCGUGGGGACGCCGUCCCGCGUACUCGCCCACCUCAACGCCCAGAACCUGGUCCUGCAUUCGUCCCUCGAGACGCUGGUGGUAGACGAGGCCGACCUGCUCUUCUCUUUCGGCUUCGAGGCCGACCUGAAGAACUUGUUGUGCCAUUUACCGAAGAUCUACCAGUCGUUCCUGAUGUCGGCUACUCUCACUGAGGACGUUCAGGCCUUAAAGGAGCUGCUGCUACACAACCCUGUGAUCCUGAAGCUUCAGGGCUCUCAGCUGCCGGACAGCAGCCAGCUGCAGCAGUACAGCAUCAAGUGUGAGGAGGAGGACAAGUUCCUGCUCAUCUACACGCUGCUGAGGCUGCAGCUGGUUCAGGGCAAGACGCUGCUGUUUGUGGGCGCGGUGGACAGAUGCUACAGACUCAAACUGUUUCUGGAGCAGUUUGGGAUUCCUGCCUGUGUGCUGAACUCUGAGCUGCCCGUCCAGUCCAGGUGUCACAUCAUCAGCCAGUUUAACCAGGGAUUUUACGACUACAUCAUCGCCACGGAUGAGCAGAGUUUGGCUGACCCCAGUGCAGCUGCACAGACGCCUGUAGGCAAAGGGAAGAAGAGCGCAGAGAAGCGAGGAAAGACUAAGGACAAAGAGUACGGCGUCUCCAGAGGUGUCGACUUCCAAAACGUUGCCAAUGUCAUCAACUUUGAUUUUCCCACAACCAUCGAAUCGUACAUUCAUCGAGUGGGAAGAACGGCGAGAGCAGACAACCCCGGCACCGCCCUGUCCUUCAUCUCCCACACUGAGCUCGGCUUGCUGUCAGAGGUGGAGGAAGCCCUCGCCGGAGAUCAUGGUGACUCUGUUCUGAAGCCUUACAAGUUUAAGAUGGAGGAGAUAGAAGGCUUCAGGUACAGGUGCAGGGACGCCAUGCGCUCAGUGACAAAGCAGGCAGUGAGGGAGGCCCGACUGAAGGAGAUCAAGCAGGAGCUGCUCAAUUCAGAAAAGCUGAAGACAUAUUUUGAGGAUAACCCCAGAGAUCUGCAGCUGCUCAGACAUGACAAAGACCUCCAUCCUGCUGUGGUCAAACCCCACCUGAAGAACGUCCCCGAGUACCUUGUUCCAGAGACACUGAGGAGUGCAGUGAACCUGUCAGGGAGGAGGAGGAGAAGGAAGAGGAUGAAGGAACAAUCAAAUCCAGGAGGAGUCGUCAAGACCAGUUUCAAGAAGAACAUCCAGGGGAAGAACCCACUCAAGAGUUUCCGGUACACCGGAGGGAAGAGCAGAAAAGGCAAAGCAGGUCAGUCGUAGCUGCAGUGCACAUGUCAGUGCUGGAGGUUUUAACUGCAGACGGACGGUUUGGUCUCCGGUGUCGGCCCAGGAGAGACAAAUAUUAACUGUAUGGACUCUGGAUUAAAUGGGCUCUUGAAGCUAUACAGACCAAGGACACGAUGGACCGUGACAGCUGACUUAUGACAACUUGGAAACAAGAAGAAAAUAUGAACAACAUUAGUUUGGAUUUGGUCAAAUCCAAAUGUAAACUGAGAUGAGCACAGUAUCCAUAUUAUCUCAUUUCUAAUGUGUCUGUUCUGGAAACAAUGAAAAUCUUUCUUAAAAUAAAAUAAU